AUGUCUCUGGAAACCUCCCCACCUCUGCCUGGAGACAUGUCUGCUGGUCCUAUAGCAGAAAGCUGGUGUUACACACAGGUUAAAGUGGUAAAAUUUUCCUACAUGUGGACCAUAAAUAACUUCAGUUUUUGCCGAGAGGAAAUGGGUGAAGUAUUAAAAAGUUCAACAUUUUCAUCUGGCCCAAAUGACAAAAUGAAAUGGUGCCUGAGGGUAAACCCAAAGGGAUUAGAUGAUGAAAGUAAAGACUACUUGUCCUUAUAUUUGCUUUUAGUCAGCUGCCCAAAAAGUGAAGUUCGAGCAAAAUUCAAAUUUUCCCUUCUGAAUGCUAAAAGGGAAGAAACAAAAGCAAUGGAAAGCCAAAGAGCAUAUCGAUUUGUGCAAGGGAAGGACUGGGGUUUUAAAAAAUUCAUUAGAAGGGAUUUUUUGCUUGAUGAAGCGAAUGGUCUAUUACCAGAUGACAAGCUUACGUUAUUUUGUGAGGUGAGUGUGGUCCAAGAUUCAAUAAAUAUUUCAGGACAUACUAAUACAAAUACUUUGAAGGUACCAGAAUGUCGACUAGCAGAAGAUUUAGGUAAUCUCUGGGAAAAUACGAGAUUUACAGAUUGCAGUUUUUUUGUAAGAGGACAAGAAUUUAAAGCUCAUAAGUCUGUGCUUUCAGCUCGUUCCCCAGUUUUUAAUGCAAUGUUUGAACAUGAAAUGGAAGAAAGCAAAAAGAAUCGAGUGGAAAUAAAUGAUGUAGAUCCUGGUGUUUUUAGAGAAAUGAUGAGAUUCAUUUACACAGGGAAAGCACCAAACCUUGACAAAAUGGCUGACAGCUUGUUGGCAGCUGCAGACAAAUAUGCACUGGAACGGCUGAAGGUCAUGUGUGAAGAAGCUCUGUGUAGUAACCUCUCUGUAGAAAACGUUGCUGAUACCCUUGUCCUUGCAGAUUUGCACAGUGCAGAACAGCUGAAAGCACAAGCCAUAGACUUUAUUAAUAGGUGCAGUGUACUUCGACAGCUUGGUUGUAAAGAUGGGAAGAACUGGAGCAGCAAUCAAGCAACAGACAUAAUGGAAACAGCAGGGUGGAAGUCCAUGAUUCAGUCUCACCCUCAUCUGGUUGCAGAAGCCUUCCGAGCACUAGCGUCUGCACAGUGUCCACAGUUCGGCAUUCCACGCAAACGACUAAAACAGUCCUGAAAUCUUCCAUGAACCAUAGAACAAUGGAAAUGACUUUUACUUCUCUAGGUCCAGAAGGAUUCUAAUACACAAACCAUAAGCACGAGUUGGUUCUGUUUUCUUGGUCCACAGAACAGAAGUGGAAAAAGCAUAUUGCUGUCUUUGCAGGUGGAUAAUUUAUGGUUUAUUCUUCAGCUUUAAAUUAGACUGAUUAUACUCUGAUUCACUUCAAGGCCUUAAAUUAUCUUCAAUGACUUCUCUUGUUCAUAUAAUACUUUAAUUUUUUUAUUGUGCCUUGUCAUUUUGACGAAGGCUAUGCAGGAUUGCACUAGCUCCAUAAUGCAGUGAUACUGAUAACUGAAGAUAUUAAGUUUCAAAAGGAUCUUCCAUAAUUUUGAGGAAAGCAAAUUGAAUUAUUAUAGGGAUUGUCCUUUGCUAUCUUUUCAGAGGUUAAAACUAGGUUCUUUUUAAAAGCACUUGUGUUAGAGAUACCAAGAAUGUCACUAGUCCUAUGAAUCUGGGAGAACC